ACUCGUAGCUCAGGGCAACAAUCCUCAUAAUAUGUUCAUACUAAUGCAAGAGCGGGUGACUUUAAAUUCGAAGCUGGAGUUUUUAGAAAUUACAUUUGGAAAUGUUGGGAUGAUGAGACAAUGACUAAAUGUUUUAAAUGAUUCGCGGUUCUCACACUAGCAUAUAUAUCAAUAGUCGCCCACGAAGUGGACACACAGUUCAGUGCGAAAGGGCUCGCUAUUCUGCUCGCCCUGCUAAGCUUCCUGGCAGCUAAUAUGGUGUUUACUGUUGCAUUCGUCGUUGGAGCACAUAAGAAAAACUACAAACUACUCCGGCUAUACUACUCCUUCAGCAUAUUCGCUCUGGUCGUUGUGAUGAUGGGCUACUUCAUAUUCAUCACUCUGCAAGUGGCACUGACGCUCCAGGACGAAGAGAAAUACAUUCUAGGCUUCCCGUUGAUAGCUGUCAAUAUUUCUACAGUCACUAGUAUAUUUCUCGACCUAUACUUCCUAAUCCUCAUCAAAAUAGAGAUUUUAAGACAAAGAAACCAAACAGCCUACUACGUGAACGGUUCACGGAGAGAAACUAGCUUCGUCCUUGACGUUUCCAUGGCGAAAGAGCAGGACAGGAAAUGCACAGCCAGCUACUACUCUGACUCUGAUUCUGAUGAAGAUGCUCAGAAGAAGAGGAUGUUUCCGGUACAUGAAUUGGAGAUAUUGAAAAGGGAUUUAGAAAAUAAAAGAAUAUGAAUAUAAAUAUUUUUGAAGUGUAAAAAAUAAAAAGGGUUACAUUCUC